GUGAAAUUGCAACAUCACACGACGCUCCGAACCUCGCUCGUGUUAUGGCGGUUUGUAAACAGUAAAGCGGUGUUUCAAUACUGACAGCAUGAUAGUAUAGUUUUGAACUGUGAUCUUUGAAAGCAAUGGCAGUUAAAUCAUUGCCCGAAAAAGCUGGAUUUCAAAAAUGGGUGAAGUUUUGCUUGGACGACCUGCCGCUGAUCCGGCCUCCCAAGCAGCACACGAUGGUGCACAUGACUGGAGGCCUAACAAAUCUCUACAAACGAAUAUCCAAGAUAAGACAAGAUAAUGGUUGCAAAGAUGUGCCAAUUAAGUCAGAGGAUCAAAUCCUUCUAGAAAAAUCUGAUGUUGAAAAAGUUCCAUUGACUGACUUCUAUAAGAAUCAGGUAGUUUCUUCUGAGGACAAUGAAGAAUCUAAAGAUGACAAAUCCACUGAAAAAGAAUCCAAAGAGUUGGCCUUGGAAGAUAAAGCUGAAUCCAGCAGAAAUGAAAUCAAUGGCGAAGAAAAUAAAAACACAGAAGCUAAAGAAUUAAGCAAUGGAGAAUUGGAGAACAUGGAAACUGAGGAGGAAAAGUCUCAAGUAGAUGAUCCAGAGAAAAAGAAAGCAUUGGAAAAUGACCUUAAAGAGGAUGGAACUGAUGAUAAAGAGAAAGAAACUAUAAAUGAAAGUUCUGAAGAUAAAGAAAAUGAGUCUAAUGAAAAUGAAAAAGUCAUCAGCUCAAAUGAUGGAGAUGCUGACAAGAAGAAAGAGAUUGACAAAAUCAAAGAGAAAGAUAAAAAUGAUAAUGAAGAAAGCAAAAUUGUGAAAGAAAAUGAAGUGAACAAAGAAAAAUCAAGUUCUGAGAAAGAUAAGGCUAAUAAGGAAAAAGUUGAGUUAGAAGAGGAAGAGAAAUCUGAGAAAGAAGCCAAGGAAGAAUCUGAUGAUGAAGAUGAUGAGGAGGAAGAGGAAGAAGAAGAGACAACCGAGUUCACCGACGAGGACGGUGAAUUUGUGCCUGUUGUAGGCAUGCCUCUUCUUGCCAACCGCUAUAAAUAUCUCCAGGUGCUAGGCCGUGGUCAGUCAGCCCUCAUCAUCAAAGUUGAAGAUACUUUCUGCAAAAAUAAAGAACUUGCUAUCAAAGUUCUUCAUCAAGUCUACAAACCCAUUGGCUCUCAAGAGGCUGAUAUUCUUCUUGAGCUCCAGAGAGCAGACCCAUACUUCCACGUGCCCUUUGCUCGUGUUAAGACUCAGUUCCUGUAUGGGCCUCACUACUGUCUGGUCUUUGAUUGCCUGCUGCCCACGCCGCUCUACACUUACUACGACCAGAAGGAUAUUAGAGGCGCUUCCUCCCUGCCCUACAUCAGGCACCUCGCAGUCAAGCUUCUCACUGUCAUGGGCUUCUUGCAGAAACAGAACGUUAUUCAUGCUGACCUCAAACCUGAGAAUAUUUUAUUGCGGGACGAAAAUGACCUGAAUAGCAUCAUGGUGGUGGACUUUGGCAACGCCCUUCGCAACACAGAGGAGGAACUGUCGCUCUAUUACUCAGACUUUGAGCUGCAGACGCUGCUGUACAGAGCUCCUGAAGUCAUCUUUGGUCUCCGCUUCAGUUUAGAGGUUGACAUGUGGAGCCUUGGUUGUCUGUUGGCUGAGUGCUACAUUGGGAAGCCUCUAUUCUUUGGCAAGACCAAAGAGGAAAUUCUUACAAAGAUCUGCAAGUUGCUUGGGCCUUUCCCUAAGGAGUUCAGCGAAGGAAUGUGUGGAGAGGAGUUCGCCGAGUUCAUAGGACGGCCACUGUCGCGUUACCAGCGCAUCGAAAAUCUUUCCAAGCGACUCAACAAAUGCACAGACAUGGCCUUCCUGCUCUUGGUCGAGAGGAUGCUUACUUAUGUGCCAGAGCAACGCGUCGUGCCUGCAGAUGCCGCCUGUCACCCGUUCGUGGCCCACGUGAGCCCCUUUUUGUACCUGACACUUUCAUCUGGACAAUCUCGGUACCCGACCAUCCUUCUGGACAACUCUACGUAUCCUCACAGACCAGAACAUAUGGAGGAGGAUGAUGAAGUGGAACAUCGCGCUGCUAGUCGAAAGCGCUUGCUCUCUUAUGCUCACCGGCCUCCUAAGCACGAGAACUUGGUGACUGUGAGCUCCUCCGGCCACACCAUCACCACCACAACUGCUGCUGAUAAUCUUAUAUCAGUCAACAAGCAGAAUAAAACCGUCAGCGUUGCUCCUACGAGUUCCUCUCAAGCGCCCGUGUCACGCUCUGAUGUAAAGGAGACUCUUAAGUCCAUGGGUUUAAGGUGCGAAGACUUUACAAUCAGCGUUUACUCUAAGGAACAGGCACAUGCUAUUCUUAGAAAACAGGGUGUAGAAGUUACCAACCACGUGCCUCCAUCGAACAACCGCCAGUCGCAAUCCAACUCAGGGCGUUCUGUUAGAUCGGGUGGACCUCAGGACUCGUUCCGGUCAUCGUCCGUUAGCGUCAGCCGUCCCAACAACCGAGCGGGGCCCGGCAACCGGCCGAGUGGCAUGCAAGGAAAUGCACAACCACGACCUGCAACAAACACCUCCCAGUCUCGCCCUCCUCCCGUACCUGAAGAUGAUGAUGACGACGACUGUGUUAUUUUAGACCCACCCGUGAACAGCAAUCCUCGACCACUGCCUCCCAAGCCUCGUCUUCCUCAGCAGUUUCAGCUUAUGGGUACUACAGUGCAGGUUAACAGAGGUUCCAAGCGACCAUAUUCUGGACCUCAGAACUCUAUAUCAUCUAAGCGUCCGAUGAUGAGUGGCCAGUAUCACAACUCAUCCGGUAAUUAUGGUCACCAUCAACAAUACCGGCAGAUGCCUCAGCAGCGAUUCUCAUCACGGCAGCGACAGUACCAGCAGAUGAUGCAGCAGCAAUACAUGGAUGACUACUCAGAUGAGGACAGCAGCGGCGAGUCUUCAGUACAAGACACACUGAAACGACUUAAAAAUUACAACGUUUCGAUCACAUGCAGGCGUAACGAGCAGCCUCCUUCUCGCCAAGGCGGAGGUGCUCAUGGAGGCAGACACUUCGCUAAUAGCCGUCAAAUGGCAGGAAAUGUGACUACCUCAUACCAUCCGCAUGGCGGAAACCCUCGCGGUAUCAGGCAAUCCAACCAAAUGAUGCGGGACCACAACAUGUCCCGGGCUCAACAGAUGAUGAGAGGAUCCAACGCCAUGACUCGGCAGAACAUGAUGCGAGCUCAGAAUAUGCACAUGAUGCAAAGGAAUAUGAUGCAAGAUGGCGACUCUGACUACGAUGACGACCAAAUGAUGGAUUCAGACGAGGAAGCUGAAGCUGACAUGGCCAAGUAUCUGGAGUGUGAGAUUGGUGAAGACAACAUGGGUCAGAUGGUAGAGGGAGACGAGGAGCUGCACUUCGACGAUGAUGAUGAAGACCAUUUGGAGGAAGGUGAAGUACGGCGAUCACACCACAUGGCAAACGCGCGCCGUAUGCCUGCAAGCAACACCAAUCCCGCAAAAGGCAAAUACUCACAUUUAGCGACCAAAAAACGCAGCGCUCCUCCACCUCAGUCUGAAGAAGCUGACACCAGCAUAGAAGAAGUGACCUUGAGUCGAGGCAGCGAGCCUGAGUCUGAACCCGGCAAAGCAAAACAAAAAGACCUGAAAACAAACAAAAAGUUGAAAGAAAAGGACGGAGAUGAUAAUGAAAAAGAUGAUGCUGGAAACGACCAUGAUAACAAAGAUGAAGACGAAGAUCAGGAGGAAGAGGAGGAGGAGGACGGAGAAGAAGAGGAAGGUGAAGGCAGAGAGCAAGACGAGUCAAACAUCGCAGACUUGGUAGAUAACAUGCUUGAACGGCACCUGCAGGCUGUGAGUAAGGCUGCUGAUGGAGAGGCCGAAAGUUCUGAAGAAGCUAAGGAUUCAGAACUAAUGAAUGAAGAAGAACCCAAAGGCGGAGAGGAAAGGGAUGACGCUGAGAGCCCCAUGAAUGAAGAUGAACUUUUGGGAGAUAGUAACAAUCCAGAAGACGACAAGGAAGUGAAUCAAGUACAAGAAAAAAAGGGAAGUAAGAAGGAUCCGUCUAAAACGAUCGAAGAUUCCAUGGAAGACGACUUGAAAGAUGAGGAUGAUGGUGAUGAAAUCGAUGAAGAAUUAGAGAAAGAACUAUUGGCUGGUGAAGGGGACUUGUAAAAACCGAUAUUCUCUACAUUUGUCGUGCCCAUGAGUGCACUACGAUUUCCAAAAUUUGUACCUGGGUUCGUUGCAUUAUGCAGGACUGAAAACCUGGCCGAAUCUUUGAGUAGCUGGAUGAUUGAGGCCGCCGUUCUAUACUUUCUCUCACAACUAUAGAAUGAACAGUAUUUUUUUCGUUCAGAGUGUUGAAAAUUUCAAACUUGAAUUAUUUGAGUCAGAAGUUGUCAUAUGCGGUGUUGAUGAAUUACAAUCAAGACGUACUUGUCUCCAGCAUACUGGAAAAAGAUUGUACUCAGUUAAUCCGAUCUGAUGUGGUAUCCGGAUUUCUUAACGUGUUCAACUUCAACUAAUAUUAAUUAUUUUGACUGCAGAUAUUGCACAUUUUCGAUUAUUAUAUUAACUUAACUGCAGAGUUAAAAAAUCUGUCGAGCUUGAAUUCGUCGUAUAUUAUGAAAUCGUAUCGUUGCAAGUUCUCAGGAACAAAGAAGCUACACUUUCAUCCAAACAUUUAAAACCAAUGAUGUUUUUCAAGUCAACUUUUAUUUAGAGCUCAUGAUUGUUGAAGAAUUCUAAAAAAUUUCUUACCUGGUACAGUUGAAACCUUGUUAAGUUCUAUCAACAGGGAACCUCCCGCCUUUCCUGUUUAUGAAACUUGACAGUUUGCGGCAAGUUUUACAUGUGAACUGAAGCCAAAUUAUUGUGGGGUAAUCUUGCGGGAGAAUGAUGAUUCGUUUCAUAGAUGUGAGCAUCGAGAUUUUUUGUAUCAAGAGUAUCCGGCUAGACAAAAUCAGUGCUAUAAUUGUGAGGAAAAGUUCGAUUGGGUCAUUCUUUAGAGCUUUGUGAUGUAAAUAUGUUCAUUAAUGUUGUCUGCUUUGCAGUCCAAUUUUGUGACUAAUGUACAUAAAGUAUUCAUAGUACUCUAGGAACGGAUGAUUUAGAAGACAAUGAUCAAUAGCUUGGCAGUGUAAAAAUUCUAACGUGUGAUUUCGACUGAUGGGAAGGAACUCUAGCAGUGGUCGUGAUGUUAAAUGAUUAUGUUCUGUGCCGUUCUACUGUCGAAGCUUCAAUUUAUUCUGUUCUCUUCUUUCAACAUCUGCUUCAAUUUUACCUAAUCAUGAACUUAAUAAUACGAGAUGUUUUAGUAAGUUGAGUAUUGUUUUUGAUACAUGUUACUCCAUUUAAGGGCGCUCUUGUCAUCGGAUUCUAGCUGACGAAACAAGUUUUAUUCUGCGUUGUGAUGUUUUUAUCCUUUGUGCUACAAAAAUUUAUGAAGUAUUAAUAUCUGUGUGCAAAUUUAUCGGCACUGAAUUUCGUGAAAUUGACGAUUCUGUAGAAAAAUGUUUUGUUUCAAACUUAUGUUAAAUGUUAAACGAGUACAUGACACCGUUUUAGUUUAUUUUUUUCUGAUGAAUUUCCUCCUUGUUCAGAAGGCAACAAACAUUACUUUACGACAGGAAUAAUUCUUGCUUAAUUUUGACACAUCAAAGUUACAUAGACUACCCAUAUGCCUUACAUUUCAUGUUGUUUCAAGGAAUCUAUUUUGUACAGCUCUUUGGUGCGCGGUUAUUUUAAACGUUUUGUGUUCUAGAUGAUAAAUGAAAGGGUUUGAUACAAGCGACGACAACGUGAUGAUGAUAUUGAGGUGGUGGGAAGCUCUUCAUUUAUCAAUUCUGGAAAAAAUCGUAUUUUUUCAUAAUUAUAAACUGCUUUUAGAUUCAACCAGGUACUGGUGGGCGGUAGGAUGGGGUCUAAUGUGAAUAACUUGUCUACGAGACCUCUGCUCAUUGUCAAAGAAAUGUUCUCCUGCCGCUCCUCUGCGCCCCCAAUGAAAUUAUGAGAAAUGAAGUUAAUGAACUGCA